CUCCUCCUCCUCCUCCUCCUCCUCCUCCUCCUACUACUACUACUUCAAUCUUUCUGCAUAUCUCUAUCAGUCGAUCAUCAUCUAUCAGAAAUCAAUGGAUUUUGAUCAUGUCAUGAGAAGCCAACACGAUUCACCAUCAUCGGUUCGCACUGAAGAAGUAACGUCGGACGUGAGGAAAGGUCCUUGGACUGCCGAAGAGGACGCCUUGCUCGCGAAUCAUGUGAAGAUCCAUGGCGAAGGCCGUUGGAACUUGGUCGCUCGUCGUGCAGGAUUGAAGCGGACCGGCAAGAGCUGCAGAUUAAGAUGGCUGAACUAUUUACGCCCCGAUCUGAGGCGUGGAAAUAUGACUCUCGAGGAGCAGCUGUUGAUUCUUGAACUCCAUUGUCGCUGGGGCAACAGGUGGUCGAAGAUAGCUCAACACUUGCCCGGAAGGACGGACAACGAGGUAAAGAACUACUGGAGGACGAGAGUGCAAAAGUUAGCCAAGCACCUCAAGUGCGACGUCAAUAGCAAACAAUUUAGAGACACGAUGCGCUGCGUGUGGAUGCCACGGUUCAUGGAGCAGAUCCGGGCAUCGACGGGGCAGUUCCAGGCAUCGGCGCAAGGCCCAUCGGAUAGACCUGCUGAGGACCCUCCACGAACUCACGGAAUCGGGUCGGGAUAUCCGGUUUAUGAUGAUCACAGAGACUCGUUGCCCGAACUAUCGCCGAGCGUGUCCUCGUCCGACUCUUCGGACCCUCGGUUUAGCAGUUCACCUUCUCCUAAUCAAGCCGGUGGAAUUGGCUCGGAAUGUUUCGGCCUCGGAUUGGGUGAUGGUCCGAAUUAUUGGACCGGGUGUGCGCAGUGGUGGCAACCGGGCGUGGAUGCCGGAGAGCAAGAAGACAGCAACGGUUGUUUAGUCGGAGAAGACUCGUUGGAGAGCUUGUGGAACGAGGAAGAUGCAUGGUUCUUGCAACAGCAGCUUCUUGAGUAGGCUUUCUGCUUAUAGCUGAAAUGAAAUAAGAUCAUUUAGGGCUGGAUCUCAAUCCUUGAUAUACAAAUUAGUGUACAAACAUAGGGUGGCGCAGCUUAGGUGUAGAAGAGCUGUUCGUUUUCACUUUCAGAUGGGUGAACUCCUCCUGUGAUCUGUCGAAGGCGGACGGACGGUGGCGAGUCCUCCUCCUUCAGCCUAUACAUCGAGUGAUUUUAUUGAUAGCAAGAACCAUUCGUCAUUUCAACUGAAAAUCACCCAAGAUUUUCAUAUCAUCUAUUGUACAAGAAAAGGACACACCCCGGGUA